AUGGAGGAUCUCUGUACAACAUGCUUGUGCGUUGGAAGGAAUUUAGUUUUCAUUGGAGAGACUGGAUAUUACAAUCUGUACUGUCAAAUUUUAAGUGAAAUUGAGGUGUAUGAUGCCUCGGUCGUAUGUGUACGCGUGUGCUGGGAAUGUCGUGUGGCACUCCGUAAUUUCCAGCGCUUCAAAGUGCAGGCGCAACGUUGCUACGCUGAGCUUCUGGAGCAUAUUCAACGGCAGGAUAAUUCUCCAAAGUUAUCACUCUGCAAGGAGUCUACUUUAAAAAUAGAGCAUGUUUUGAACGUAAGUUACCCUGAGACUGUAAAGGUGGAAAGUGAUCAAGAAAAUGUCACUAUAGAGAACAUCAAGACUGAAAAUCUAGAAAGUGAUACAGAAACACACUGUGAACCGGAAACCUUUGUGAGGGAUCUGAAGCUGGAGAGUCCGAAGGUCAAAAAGAAGGAAAGUAUUAAAAAGACAACUAAAAAUAGGAUAAAAAAGAAGGUAAAGAAGAAAAAGCCACCUAAAUCUAACACUCUGACCUACAUAAGCGAGUCGGAGCACUGGUCAGACAAUAAUGAAGAUAACGAAACGUCACAGAAUGUAGAAGAGAAGGUGUUACAAGAGAAAAAGGAGAUUGUGAGUAACCCCUGUGAUACGGAAGUAGAAAUGGGAGAUGGUUUAGAGAAUCAUCUGAAAGAAAACCAUGCAUCGCCUCCCCACGUCAAUGGCACCACAACACGAGCACCGCGCUCUAGAGAAGUUUUACCGGACAGACCUCAGUGUGUGGAGUGCGGCAAGGUAUUCAGCUCAAAGAAGACAUAUAGGUACCAUCUCAAUGUUCUGCACAAGGGGCAGAACAGUCACCCGUGUCCAAGGUGCGGGAAGGUGUACCAAUGGAAGUCAAAUCUGGGCAGGCAUAUGCGAAGUCAUAAGGCGCGCGACUCCGGCGAGCUGCACUGCGAGGUGUGCAACAAGGCGUUCGCCUCCGUGGCCACGUACCGCCAGCACCUGCGGAUAUCCAGGAAGCACGUGCUUGAAACUGACUUCAGUUUCACGUGCGACGAGUGCGGCAAGAAGUUCGUGAACAAGACUCGACUCCGGGACCACAUAGACUGGGAGCACCUCAAGAAAAUCAAGUUCAGGUGUCAGCUGUGUAACAAGCCGUUCAAGUGCCACACGUCCCUGUACGUGCACAUGCAGAACGUUCACCAGAAUAAGGAGAAGAAAGACAACCUUUGCCACGUCUGCGGCAAGUCGUAUCAGAACGCGGCCAAGCUGAAGUACCAUAUAGUGGCGAUGCACACCAGCGAGACCCCGUACCAGUGCGAGCGAUGCAGUGCUGCGUUCGGCUGGUACUCCAGUCUGUACCGACACGUGCGGGAAGUGCACUACAAGAUGAAAGUACAACCGAAGAAGACGAGAAAAGCGAAGAAGAUGCAGAACGACCUGAUGCCGUCUCUACUGCCUCCGCAACAUAUCCUCCCGCCUCAUCCUGGCCCCGCCUAA